ACAAAGAACUAGAAUUGGACAAUGUGGGGUGGUUUGAUUGUGAUCGGGUGUUCAAAACAGACCAGAAUUUGACCUUUGACCUUGGCCCAAUCAACAUUUCCGUCCCACUUUCUAACUUCGUCUAUAGAUCAUCUUGGAAUCCAGAUAAAUGUGGCGUCUACAUAUAUGAUGACUCCAAUGCAGGAGGUUUGGAAGGAAUUGGGCUUCCUUUCCUCAGAGAGGUUUACUUUGUCAAGGAUUUGGAAAAGAAAACCAUUGGCAUUGCACCGGUGAAGCACACUGACGAUACCGAUAUCGUUGAUUUUUGGUUCUGA